AUGAUAAGUUUUGACGAAGUCAGUGAGGCUGAUGAAGAAUUCUUUGGCAACGAGAAUGUUUCGGUGAGUGAAAAAAAUGCAGAAAGUGAAGAACAAGAACAACAAGAUCAAUUUGACGAGAAUCUAGAAGACUUUGAUUAUAAUGAAAUGGAAGAAUUAAAUGAUUUGGGAGAAGAAUUUUCUGAAGAUAAAGCAGAAGCUAGAGCUAAAAAAAAAGCAAGGAAAGCAGCAAAACGUUUAAAAAAGGAAGCAAAAAGAUUAAGACGUGAAAAAAGGCAUAAAAUAAAGUUAAAUAAAAAGAAUGCUUUUGAGGAAACUUUAAAUGAAGAAAAUAUAUCUAAUGAUGAUAUUGAUACUAAAAAAAGAGUAAAAACUUCAAAAUCAGAAGAAAUAAAAAGGCACAAAAGAAAGAAGGCAGAAAAGAAAAAGGAAAAACAUAUUAAACAUAAAAAAAGGAAGAGGAAACAUGUAACUGAAGAGUUGAAUGAAGAUUUAAGCAAGGAAGAAAUGGAGGAAGAAGAAGAAGGGAGGAUUGAAACAAAGAAGUUACGGUCUAAUUUUGAAUCGGAGUCUAGGGCUAGUCAUCACAGCGACCGUUCGUUUUCGCCACCACAUUCGCCAAGAACACGUUCUCCGACAAAAUCAACUGAAAGAAAUAGAUCACAAAGUUCACAUUCUAGAGCGAGUAGCAGCAGUAGUAAACGAUCAUCUUCGACUUUAAGUCAUUCAAAAGACACUAAACGUUCAUAUACAAGUGAAAGCAGUGAUGACGAGAAAAAAGAGAAAGCUCCGAAACUUCGUGAUUAUGGUCCGGAUGUUUCUUCUUGGCGGAUGUAUGAAAUUGAAAAAGAAAAAGCAGCUCAGGCAGCCAGUUCCUUUCCUUUAUCGUCUAGAGGCCGAAAUCCCAAUUUGGUAUCAACAUUACGGAAGCCAUAUGUACCUGGAGGUGGGCGCAAGGCACUCGCUUAUUUUAAAGCUGCAGCUCGUGGGAGGGGUCGUGGUAGAGGAACCUUCCUUCCUGGGAUGCGUGCACGAGGACGUGGUCGUGGAAGAGGACGUGGUAUUAUGCGUUUUUAUGGCCCAUUGCGCCCUAAAUCUGGUUAUCUCGACAGUAGUGGAAAAAUUGAUAGAAAAAAACUUUUGGAAAUUGCGACACAAAAUGCAACAAAACUUGCAAUGGAAGGAAAAUUACCAAAAGGUGAAGAAUUAUUGGAGGCAAUAAAAACAAAAUCAAUGGAACAAUUAGCUAGUAACUUUUAUUUUUAUGCACAAAAGUUUUGUUUUGAUAGCUAG